AUGGCGGAAAGAGAUGCUGGUAGUAGUCUGGAAGACAACCCCGUUCCGUCAGAUGUUCUUGUUCAAAAUCAAAUGAAAGAUGUUAUUAUAUUACAAGAACUGACGAUCAGCAAACUUCAACAUGAGAUAACUUUACAGGAAUCCACUCUACAAGAAAGUUUCCUGCCAAGAGAAGUAUAUGAUACUGAACUGAAACAGCUUGAGAAAACAAUACAAGAAGAUUACAUUCCAAGGGAGAAGUAUGAAAAACUUCAAACUGAAUUAGAGCAACAGAAGCUGAGUCAUUUAAAGGUACAAGGAGAGCUACAUGAAGUCAAAGACAAGUUAGAGUUUGCCUUGGGUGAAGUAGAGGUUCUUACUAAGCAACUUCAAAGAGAGAAGGCAGCAUUUGAGAAAGCAUUUGGUUCUCUCCAAAAAAAGGCUGUGGAGGAAACAUCAAAGACUGCCAUGCUGACAGACAAGUGUUCAGAAAUCAGUGAAGAAGUACAGAAGAAGGAUGAAGAAUUAAAUUCCAAAGAAGAAGAAAUUCAGCAGUUAGAAAAGAAAUUAAAACAACAACAAUUUAAUUAUAAAAAGAAACUAAGUGAUGCUGAAAUUCAGCGUAAACAAGACCAAUACAUUGCCAAACUUCUAGACAAACAGGACAAAAAAGCUGGAUACACAGAAUUCCAGCGACCAAAGUCUCGCAGUACAAGUGCUAACAAAGCAAGUAAAAACACAUGGAGAUGAUGUCUAUUUUAUGUAGUGUUGUAUAACCUAGGUCAUUUUUAAUGUACUUUGGAACAUUGCAAAUCUACCGAAAUCUGAUAAGGAUUUCUCAGCUGAAUUGAAACUGCUGUGGUACAGAAAAUCAAACUGUACAAACACAUGUGAUGUUCAUACUAUGGAGUGGAAUUCUAAGUGUUACUCAGCCCAUAAUUUAAUUUUCUAACCUUAUGUACUGUAAAUUUACUGUUUGUGAAAAUCUCAUUUGCCUUAGAAGAAUUUAAUGAUUUGUGAUUUUUGUAUCCUAAAUUUGGUUUUUACUGAGGAGGGGUAUUUUCAGAUUUUGUACUUUAAAAAUUUACUGUAGGCAUUUUAAUUCAUUUCAUAUCUGAAGGUGUUUGUUUUUCUUUUUUGUAAACAGAAUUAUGUGUGUACUGAAGUAGAAUACAUGCCAAGGGAUCAAUAUUGGAAAACUUAAGAUCUCCAUUUUGAAUGCUGGUCUUUAGUAAACAGAAGAUUGUAGGU